UGGUCAUAUAAAAUUGUAGCAUUGGGAUGCAUCUAAAUAUUAGGAUUUCCCUCCUUUCCUUUUUGCAGGUGGUGGUGAGAAAGAAAGAGAGAGAGAGAGAAUACUGAAAGUGGAAGUCUCAAUCCUGCUUCAUCUAGAUACAUAUUUAGGGUUCUUCUUUUAACAGUCAUCUUCUUCCAAUUCAAUAUCUCCAAAUUCCAAAAGCUGCAACUCCAUACAACCCUACUUUUGCUUUCUUCACUUACAGUCAAAUUCUUCUUCUUCAUCUUCUUCCAGAAAUUAAUGGCUCCAAGAAGAAAAAGAAUAACCCAAUGCAAGAAAAAGCUAAAGAAACAGAAGCAGGUCAAAUUAGCAGUACCACUGGAAGACAAUACUGCUUCUUCUUCUUCUUCUUCAUUUGCAGACAUCAUCAAUGGCGAAGAACAAGAUGAAAUGGGGAAGAAACAGAGUAAUUACAGUUGUUCAUCAUCAUCAUCAUCAUGUAGUACUCCUAAAGGUAAAAAAUACAGAAUACCAGAGAUUUCAAAAUGCCCACCUGCACCAAUGAAGAAAAGACCAUCAAUUGUUGUUUCUAAUUGUUCUUUGAGAAGAAAGCCCAUAGCUUUCUUUUCUUCACCAGAUAUAGAACUCUUCUUCUUCUUUGCACGUUCAGACAUCCCAGCAGCUGUAGUCUGAUCAUCAUCGUCAUCAUCAUCCAGCAAGAAUUUAAACCUAGGGUUUGAUCCUUUUUUCUUGAUCAGAUGCAUCCUAUUAUCUUUCUUUUUCUUUUCUUUUUUUUUGUGUGGGGGAGAUUUUGAGUGACAUAUUUAGCAAAACUAGCAUCUUAUUUGUUAGAUUUUGUUGGGUUUUAUUUUUUUUACAUGUGUGUUUUGUUUGGGUGUUGGUAGUGGUGGUGGAGUUGAGGUUUAAUUAGCUAGGUUAAUAUAUGUAAUGUUGAUGUCUUAAUUAGGGUUUUCUAUAUAAAUAUACCAUAAUAUAGUUUUGUGGAGUUUUAUAGAA